AUGUACACACGUACCGCGGCGCCGUACUGCAUAUCGCGUUUGCAUUGUGUGUGGACUAUUUCAGUGAAUAUAUUGAAGCGAAGUGACUGAAUACGGCAAGUGCAGUAUCGAAAGCAACGUAAACACAUAGGAUUUUUGCAUUUUUACCCUAAUUUCUGCAUCAAUAUGGCCACGAUGUAUGGACAGCAAGAAAGUAUCUACAAUCUCAUACCUCAAGAGGAGGUCAAACAAGAAAAACAAGCCAGGUACACAUCUAAAUUUCGAGGAAAUGUGAAGGUAGAAGAGAAGACGAAGAAGACGUCCAGCAAGACGAUGGGACCGGCGAAAGUAGAACUCAAGAAACCCGAAGAAUUCCACAAGAAACACUCCAAGGAGCCACAGCUUCCUCCCAAGACUAAAUUCAGCUACCCCGACGAAGAAACAAAGAGACCAGCUGUCCCAAAGAGAGAUGAGAAACCACUCAUGGGUCUCAAAUCAAACAAGAACUUUGUCAACACUAACGCAGUGGAGAACAUCAUGUCUGUACCCAAGAAACCAGCUGCUAACUUUGUGGAUACAGUGAACGGUGCCACACACCCCCUCACGCCGUCUGGUCUCAUGCCCAAAUAUGUCAAGAAAAAGGGUUAUGGUGAGGUCCCUACCUACCUUCAGCAGCGUAAUGAGGAAGUCCAGAGAGCUCAGGAGGAGUACGAUGAAUACAUCAAGGAGCAUUACAGAAGAGGAGCUAUGAAGUGCCUUACUGAAGAAGAACGUAAAGCAAUCAUGGACGGACUCAAGAAGAACUGGGAGGAGAUUCAUCAUCAAUACCAAGGUCUCUCCGUCGUCACGGAUACCGCUCCCAAGAAGGCCCGUAAGGAGAGGAUGGAGGCCGAGAUGAAGCAGCUGGAGAGAGAUAUUGAGCUCCUGGAGAAGCACAAAGUGAUCUACAUCUCAAACCAUUGAAGCAAUGAUGCUAACUACUGAACUCAUCCGGAUUAUAAUGUCUGAGAAACAUGAGCAGAUCCACUUAAUGGAUGGA